AUUUUCUAUCUCGUUUAAAAAAAAAAAAUGCAAUUUCCAACUCCCCUCGCACGGUCUUCGAAACAUUUUUGUGAAUUGUAAAUGUUUAAUAUAUCAUUGUCCCUGGUGGCAAGUUUAAACAAAUCUUUGUUGGGAGGAUUAGUUCCAGAAUUUUUUUUCUUUUUUGUGUUUGUUUUUUUUAUAAAUAGUUAUCAUACAAAACGUAAUUUAAAUAACACUGUUGAUUUUAUAACUUUAUGUUUAGCAUGUGAUGCUGGUUACUAUGGAAUAGACUGCAGAUAUAAGUGCAGUAAUUGCUCGGGUCAAUGUGAAGGCAAAGAUGAAACACGCAUUGGCAAACGUAUAUCAAAACUGUUAGCAACUCCAGAGUUUGUAUGCUUUCAAAGUCGCAAAGUAAUCAGUAGCCAUAUAAUUAAUGAAACAUACAUAUAA